UGAGAAGCAAGUGCUUGUGUCCUUUAUCACUGGCAUUUACGGUUGCCGUUGGAAACGCUACCAGCGCUCCCAAGACGACAGCUCCAGGAACUGUCUCAGCAGCUCCGGUGGCAGGCCAUGCUUUCUCAGAAGCCGCAGGAAGUACAUCCUCUGCUGGGCCUUUUUGAGGACGGAGUUGAUGUUGGUCGCCCACAUCAGGUCCUGAGAGAUUGUAAUUCCCAGGAACUUGAAGGUCUCGACGGUUGACACAAGGCAGCUGGACAACGUGAGGGGCAGCUGUGGUGAAGGAUGCCUCCUGAAGUCCACGAUCAUCUCUACAGUCUUGAGAGUUUGACAGCCGGGUUCGCUGAGGUGCAGUCGUUCGUGUAGAGAGAGAAGAGCAGCGGAGAAAGGACACAACCUUGGGGCACCCCAGUGCUGAUUCUGCGUGUGGAUGAGGCUGCCUCCCCCAGCCUCACCUGCUGUGUCCUGCCCGUCAGAAAGCUGUAAAUCCACUGGCAGAUGGCAGUGGGAGUGUUCGUGGUUUAUCAUCUUGUGUUGCUCCUUUCUCCUGCUUCUUUUUUGGGCCUACUUCUGGUUGGUGGCUCAAAAUGAUUUUGACGACUUCAACUGGUCAGUGUAUAACCGCUCUGGAGAAUGGAGGGACGAGACCAUCCCAAUCCUUGCAACCACCACCGUGGGAUUCAGCUACGUUUCAGUCUUGAUGUACAUACUGCAUAUUCUCCAUCAGAUCUUGGCAUGUUUCCACAUAUCCUUGGGACAACAGCUUAAUCUCUACUGGCUCCACAAGGUCGGCGUACUUGCUACGCUCCUUACUACUAUCUCUGGUGUUGUCUCUGUUGAUGACAUAUGGGCAGAUGAAUGGGAUGUCGUGCUUGUGUCCCUGCAGUCCACAGCACCAUUCCUGCAUAUUGGCGCUCUGACAACAAUCACAGCUCUUAGCUGGCUGGUCGCUGGUUAUGUGGUCCGCAGAGAGAGAUCCAAUUUCCAGAUGAUGGUGUUAAUCACCUACAUAAUCAUCCUCAUGGCCCUUUACUUGGCACCGCUCUCAUUCUCCUGCCCCUGCGUAAUGGACAGUCGCAGCCUCAAGCCUCGACCAGACGUCAUUGGUCGACGAGGAGCUCCUAUGCUGGCCCCAGAAAACACCAUGGUGUCCUUCAACAGAGCCCUACACCAUAGAGCCAGCUCCCUGGAGGCUGAUGUCACUCUAAGUGUGGACGGGGUUCCAUUCCUCAUGCGAGAUCGAAACUUGAGACGAACCACAGAUGUUAGCACGGUUUUUCCUGACAGACAGCAUGACGAUGCCGCUUUCUUCAACUGGACAGAGUUACGUUCGCUCAACGCAGGUCGCUGGUUUCUGGAGAGGGAUCCCUACUGGACAGUAGAGACAUUGACCGGGAGGGAUCGGAGCAGAAUAAGCAACCAGACGGUUUGCAGUCUGUUGGAAAUGCUUCGUCUGGCAGUCAGAGCAAACAGCUCCGCACUGCUCAAUGUCCGCAGGCCCCCUGCAGGCCACCCUCGCUACCGAAGUUGGUUCACGGACACGAUCUGGGCUGUGCAGAAAGCAGGGAUUUCCCAGAAGAGGGUGACAUGGACCCCCGACACAGACAGGGGGAGGGUUCGGGGGUUUCAGCAGACCACAAAUGAGAAAUUGUCAGCGGCAGAGAUAAGGCAGAGGGGGAUUACGAGCCUGACCCUUCACUACAGCAAGGCCAGCCACAAAGAUAUACAGGAGUAUCUGGCCAACAAUGUGAGCGUGACAGUCUACCCUGUGAAUGAGCCGUGGCUCUACUCAGUUCUGUGGUGUAGUGGGGUCCCUUCCGUGUCCUCUGAUGCCGCCCAAGUCCUCCGAAAGGUGCCUUACCCCAUCUGGCUCAUGAGUCAGAAUGCUUACAGGUUCAUCUGGAUGGCCUCAGAUCUCGUCUCACUUGCUGUAGUCAUAGGAAUCUUCAGUUUUCAGAACUAUCAUAUGAUCAGGUGGAGGAUGAGUGGGAUGCAGAACUGUAACCCUGAACAGAUCAUGCUGAGUGCUGUGCCGCAUCGAUCUAAUCGGGAUGUCAACAUCAUGAAGGAGAAGCUCAUUGUUUCAGAACUCAACAAUGGGCUGAGCAGUACAGAGGAGCUGUCACUGUAUCCCGAGAACGGCAACGCAAGAUACUCUCACGGAGACAUGAGACCGUCAUUUCACACGGAACAAAUGGGAUGUUAGAUGACUACUGUAUUGUAGAUAUAUAUUUUUUUUCUGGAAGUGUUUUUCUAUUACUGUUCAUGGCUUAUAUUGAAUGAAAAGUCCAAAUACCAAAUACACAUACAGUAUAUUGCACACCUCUUGGAAAUUAUUUUUCCAAAUUGACAGUAUGCAUGUAUGCAAGCAAAAUUAUUUUAUUUAACAGGCCAAAAACAAGACAAACAAACAAAACAAAAACGCAUAUUUAAGGCUGAAUGUAUUAUACUGUAAGUCUUUUUCAUAAUCUUCUAUGUUUUAAGAAAUGGACUGUGUAUACGUGUAUUAUACACUGAUGUAUAUAGGACUUAUUUCAAAUAUUUUGCCAUUGUGAAAUGGUUUUUAGUGUGUGAGAUUUUGUUUUCGUCCAUUGUAAUAGAUCGUUUAGGAAAUACUGUACAGAAAAUAUUGAGGACAAGCAUUUGCACAGCUUUGACAGUCACUAAACUAUCAGUGGCAGUUACUGCAUCGUUUCUGCCAUACCACAAUGUUUUGAAGACGUUGAGUAGUGAAAUCUUUCACUUGGCUGCCUUAUUGUGAAACUGAUAAAUGAGUCAAAUAUUGAGGAAGGAUUUUUGUCAUCAAUACAAUAAUAAGGGAUUGUAUUUUCACCUAUGUCACUUUAAGAUGCAUAUUCAUUAAUAAAAAUGAUUAUUUGGAAAUUGUGCAGAUUUUGAGAAAAGAAAAGAAAAUUAAAUACAAUUUCAUAAAAUAAUUAAAUACUACUACCUCAAGGACUGGUUGGAGCGGAAAGUCUUCCAAUAUAUAACAGACAUAAACCCAAAAUAUAUUAUGACUCCAAUGUCUAAACGUUUUCCCUCACAAUCAGACCAAUAAAGAGACUUUUUAUUCA